AUGGUUAACGAGAAAGGAGAAGUCCACGUAAGCUUUCUAAUGGCAAAGUCUCGAGUGGCACCCCUCAAACAAAUCACAAUACCCCGGCUGGAACUCACGGCAGCAGUAAUAUCCGUGAACGUUUCAAGCAUGGUCGAGCUUGAGCUAGACCUACAACCCACACCACAGCGCCUCUAUUACACCGACUCGGAAAUAGUCCUAGGCUACCUUAACAACGACGCUCGCCGUUUCCAUGUGUAUGUCGACAAUCGUGUGCAGCACAUCAGAGAUCAAAGCGAGCCAGAACAAUGGUACCACGUGCCAGGAAAAGAAAACCCAGAAGAUGAAGCAUCUAGAGGAAUGACAGCCGCACAACUUAUCGAAAAUAAGCGUUGGUUCAGCGGACCACAGUUCCUUUACGAGAACCCCACACCAAGCAACCAGAAGCCGUCAUCUCAGCUAGAUCCAGACGAUGCUGAGUUACGCAAAGAAGUCUCUGUCCUCUCAACUAGUACCACUAUGCAUACACAGUACUUAGAUACGAAGCACUUCUCACACUCGUCUUCCCUACUGCGCCUCAAGCACGCAAUCGUUCGCAUCCAACGGAUGAUAGAGAGACUACGCCCAAACAAGACACACAACUGGCGACCGACAAAUGGCGCGUCUACAGUAAAGGAGCUAUGGGAAGCAGAGAAGUGUCUAUUCAAGACUGCACAAGCCACCACCUUUGAGAACGAAAUAGAUACACUGCAAAGAAUGAAAGGAAACAAUAGCAAGUUCGAAGAUCGCAAAAGCGCGCGCGAUCGCAACAACAUCAUCAAAGCCACCAGCAAUAUCUACAAGCUAGACCCGUUCAUAGACGACGAAGGUCUACUACGAGUUGGUGGUCGUCUGAGAAAUGCUGAAGAAGAAUACCAACUAAAGCACCCUCUCAUCCUACCAAAAGAUCAUCACGUGACUACUCUAUUAGUCCGCCACUAUCACCAGAGGCAGCAGCAUCACCAAGGCCACGGCAUGACCCACAACGCCAUACGGCAAGCAGGAUACCAUGUCGUAAACGGUAGAUCUGCUAUUGCGCACAUUAUCGCGAAGUGUGUUACCUGCCGCAAGUUCAGAGGCAUCACGCAAGGUCAGAAGAUGGGCGACCUCCCAACAGAACGCGUGACACCAUCAUCACCAUUCAGCUAUUCCGCAAUGGAUGUAUUUGGUUCAUUCUACGUGAAGGAAAGACGAAGAGAAGUAAAGAGGUGGGGUUUGGUGUUCACAUGUAUGGCCUCUAGAGCGAUCCACCUGGAAACGCUAAAUAACAUGAGCACAGAUUCGUUCAUCAACGCUCUUAGAAGAUUUAUCGCACGCAGGGGCAAGGUCCGCGAAUUACGCUCGGAUCGGGGCACAAACUUCGUCGGAGCAAGCAACGAGCUCAAAACAGCCCUCCAAGAGAUCGACCGAGAAUCCGUCAAGUCAUUCCUAUCCACCCAACAGUGUGACUUGAUAGAUUUCAAAAUGAACGUUCCGCAAGCUUCUCACAUGGGAGGGGUAUGGGAGCGCCAAAUUCGCACAACUCGCUCAGUGCUAACAUCACUACUUUACGAACACGGUCGUCAGCUGGACGAUGAAUCUCUUCGCACUCUUAUAACAGAAGCUGAGAAUAUCGUCAACAGCCGCCCACUCACAGUGGAGAACCUGUCAGACCCUCUAGCAGAAGAACCUCUGACACCAAAUCAUCUCCUCAUGCUUAAAACCCAAGUCAUCCUCCCGCCCCCGGGCAACUUCGAGCACCCCGACCUGUACUCCAGAAAGCGAUGGCGCACAGUCCAAUAUCUAGCCAACCAGUUCUGGCUACGGUGGCAACGAGAGUACUGCACACAGCUCCAGAGUCGUCAAAAGUGGAACAAGCCACAGCCUAAUCUACGAGAAGGAGAUGUCGUCCUCAUGACAGACCCAGAUCUACCUCGUAACCAGUGGCCGCUCGCCAUUAUCUCCAAGGUGUUCCCAAGCAAAGACAACCUAGUGCGCAAAGUCCAAGUGACUACUGCUAAGGACGGACAACACAAGUGCUUCGAGCGUCCCGUCCACAAGCUUAUCAUGCUAUUAGCAAGGGAAGAUUAG